CGAGUCACGUGAUAGUGUGACGUCAUGACAAUCCUGUGAUACCGAAGUGAAAUUAGGAAGAAGAAUCACCGCUCAGACUAGGCAGUUACCUCGUCAAAAAUAAAGACGAACCCCUGCGGUUUCGUGAACAGAAGCGAACCGGGUUUUGGAGCCACUGGACCUCCCAGCUACCGAGCCAACAUGACGGCAGCGGUGUUUUUCGGCUGCACAUUCAUCGCCUUCGGCCCAGCCGUCUCCCUGUUCCUGUUCACCAUCGCCCGGGAGCCGCUGAGGGUCAUUUUCCUUAUAGCAGGGGCAUUCUUCUGGCUGGUGUCGCUGCUGCUGGCCUCCCUGGUGUGGUUCAUCUCGGUUCAGAUCAGUAACAAGGAGAGCGCGUCGCAGCAAAAGGGUCUGCUCAUCUUCGGUGUGGUGCUGUCCGUCCUGCUGCAGGAAACUUUCCGCUUCGCCUACUACAAACUGCUCAAGAAAGCAAAUGAAGGCCUUCUUGCUUUGAGUCAAGAGGAAACGAUGCCAAUAUCUAUACGACAACUCGCCUAUGUGUCCGGCCUCGGCUUUGGCUUUAUGAGCGGAGCGUUCUCUGUGGUCAACAUCCUGGCCGACUCUGUGGGUCCAGGCACUGUGGGCAUCCACGGCGACUCUCAACACUACUUCCUGUCAUCAGCCUUCAUGACCAUGGCCAUCAUCCUGCUUCACAUGUUCUGGGGCGUCAUCUUCUUCGACGGCUGUGAGAAGCAGCGCUGGUUAGCCGUAGCUGCGGUCGUCGCCACUCACCUCCUGGUUUCCUCCUUGACCUUCCAGAAUCCGCAGUACGUCUCCAGCCUGGUUCCCACCUACAUCAUCAUGUUCUUCAUGGGUGUCUGGGCGUUUUACACUGCGGGCGGCUCCCUGAGGAACCUCAAACUCUGCCUCACCUGCAAAGACAAGGACUUCCUGCUGGCCAACCACCGGCCCAGAUAACGCCGAGAGCUCAUCGGCUUACAGGACUCGAUCCAAAGAUCCACACACACACUAUGAACCUUUUUAAUUC